UUCUAAACAGGCGUACGGCGCGCUGUCACGUCUGCAUCCGUGAGCGCGCUUCAUCGCCGCGCAUCGCUGUCGUCGUCUUCCCCAAUCGCACGUCUCUUUCGACAUAUCUCGAACGACGACGUCGCGCACUCUCCGUUGCGUCCGGACACACGUAAAUUUCGAAGAGCCAAGUGCGUGUACCGACCAAAGCGGCGGGAGAGAGAGCGCUCUCCUUCCUUUUUCCCCCUUUCUCGAUACAAGACUCGCCGUUUCGCGCGUGUUUAAAAGCUGCGAGGGAAAAGGCGUCGCGCGACGUAAAGUGAAGACUCGCAAGAAAAUUGCGCACUGUACACCGUCUCGCAAUUCAUUCUUAAUUUCACGCUCCCUCCGUCAUCCUUUUUCCUUCUCCGUUUUCUCUCCCGUGUUAUUUAUCGUCUCCCCCUCCCCUUUCUCCGUUUCUCUCUUCUUCUUAACUUCUAUCCCGUUUCUCCCUUGCGCUCCACUCAUUCCUUUUCGUACUUCUUCUCCCUCUCCCUAUCCUUUCUCGUUCUCUCUUUCUCUCUCCUUCGUUCCGACGUCGUCUCGUGGGGUCAGUGUCUGCUCGAUCGGAUCCUGAGCAGGAACAUACCGGGGUGGAGGAGGAAGAGAAGAAGGAGGAGGAGGACGAUCUCUCUCUCCGUCGACGAGAGACCGCCGCAAUCGCUGCAGCGCACGCGCAACGUCCUCCGGAGAUCAUUUUCGGAGCAGUCCGUUUUUCGCGCCACGCGACUGUGACACCACGAUGUGACGGCGACAACAUAUCGGAGCAUCGUCGCGGAAUCGACACCGGCAGGAUUGAUCAUCGCGCAAAUUGCGACGCGCCGUCGUCCGUCGUUUGCAUUCGCGUUCGCGUUCGCGGUGCAGGAAACUCACGCUCGCCGCUCCUUAUCACGCUCGCUCCUCGCAUAUAGUAUCACUCGCUUUUUUUCUUGUUCCCGUCGUAUCCCUUCCUCUUUCUUCUCGUCGCGUCAUUCACCGCGACCCCGGUCCUUCUCUCUCGCGCCCGCACGCGCGCGGUGGUGCGCGUUCUCUCCCUCUUUCACUCUCUUUCUCUCUUCCCUCUUGCACUUCGCUCCUCCGCGGUCGCCGUUCGCCAUCUCGUUCGCUCGCGUGUUUUUUCGCAAAUACGAGAAAAAGGAGAAUUAGCGCGAGUGAUACCGCAUCCCGCGAAAGGGAGAAAGACGCAUCGCCCCGGCGAGAAAAAGAUCGGACUAGUUGCAAGUUUGUGUUUUUGUUUAUCCCGGAGUGGACUGCACCGGUAACUGCACACUGCAUCGCACUGCGUUGAUGCUCGAGAGGAAAUAUCGACGUGUCGUAAGCAGCCAUGGCCUUUGUUUUCGUGAGAAAAGACAGUUUCCGUGGCGCUUGAACUGAACGUCUUUGGAUUCGCGCGAGGAUUACCAAUCUCGGAACUUUUUUCGGGGAGAAAAAACCAAGCGAGAAGCAUUCGAAGGAGAGUCACGUACAAACUCGACGAAAUUAACGGCGGAAACAAACGUAAGAAUGGACCAUGAGGAAACGCGGUGCCGGCUGGUAGCAGACGAGCGGUCGGUCGCGCUUACACCCCAUCGUCGCUCGUCGUUGUCGACGCGUUCCCGGUACGUCCAACCCCGAAGCCAGCGGCAGGUGUCGCGCGUGGCAGCAGAUACGAGCUCGACAGGUGCGAUAAUCGGGGGUGGCCCGGUCGUUGCCGCCGCCGGGCCGGCGAUGCGACGAUGAGCUCGCCGAGGGUGCUGCUACCCCUCCACACCCGACCAAAGCCCCGCGCAGUAGCACGGCCGGGUAGUCCCAGAAAGUGCAGCAGCGAGGUCGAGCGACGAGGAGCGGCAGGCGGUUUAAGGCCGAAACUAUCCGCGUGGCCAUGGACCACGAGGCGAGGAACGGAACCGGCAGCGACAACAACGAGGAGUACACCAAUAUUUACUUCAUCGUCGGCGACCGCAGGGAGACAGCCACUUACAAGGCGAACCAGGUCACGGACAUGGAACUCAAGGAGCUCUUCAGAACCGCGGCGGAAGCUGGCCCCCUGGACAUCGUGAAGCUUCGUAAGGGAGACAAGCUCCUUAACAUUUCGACGCAUCUGCCGGCGAACACGCCCGACACGCCCUAUGUUCUGCAGAUCGUCGGCGCGCACCCCGCUUCCUCAGGGGUGAUCGAGGCGGAGGUGCUCUGGGCUCUGGAGAGACGCGUGGCAGCUUUAGAGCGGCAACUGCGGGAGCAUCAGGAGGCUUUAUACGCCACACCCUCCCUCGCCCUGCGGGAACUGAAACGCCAAGUAGACAGUUUCAAGAAUAAAUUGGAAAACAACGAUCAGCUGAGCUGGCUUAGUUUCUAUAAGCAGCUUGCGGAGCCGAUCUAUAUGGACUCCUGCCGCAGAUUGCAGUACCGUCGAAAGAGCGACAGCAUGAAGCGGAAAGUUCGGGAGAAGUUCCUCAAUAUCUGUGACGUGACGGUCUCGUCGAGCGUCCGCGAGUGGCUGCGCUCGCCGGCCUUCGACGCACGACAGUGGGAAGACGAGGAGCUGCUGCUGAUGCUGCAGACAAUGUUCGUCGAGCUCGAUCUACCUCAAAAGUUCAACAUUCCCUUGCCGAUCCUGAGGAACUUCCUCUACGAGGUCUACAACAACUACAACGAGGUGCCAUUUCACAAUUUCAGGCAUUGCUUCUGCGUGGCGCAGAUGAUGUACGCGAUAGCCUGGGCAGUGGACUUGCCGUCGAAGAUCGGCGACCUCGAGGUCCUCGUACUGAUCGUCUCCUGCAUCUGCCACGAUCUCGAUCAUCCGGGCUACAACAAUAUCUAUCAGAUAAACGCGCGAACUGAACUGGCGCUGCGCUACAAUGACAUCUCGCCCUUGGAGAACCACCACUGUUCCGUGGCGUUCCGGGUCCUGGAAGCGCCCGAGUGCAACAUCCUCGCGUCCCUGGACAAUCCCACGUAUAGAAUAGUGCGCGAGGGUAUCAUAAGAUGCAUCCUGGCCACCGACAUGGCCCGGCACAACGAGAUCCUCGGCCAGUUCACCGACAUCACUCCCGAAUUCGAUUACACCAGCAAGGCGCACAUAAAUUUGCUGUCCAUGAUCCUGAUCAAAGUGGCUGACAUAAGCAACGAGGCACGCCCGAUGGAAGUCGCGGAACCGUGGCUGGACAGGUUGCUGCAGGAGUUCUUCAAGCAAAGCGACGCGGAAAAACUCGAGGGUCUUCCGGUCACGCCCUUCAUGGAUCGCGACAAAGUAACCAAACCGUCGUCCCAAGUUAGCUUUAUCGGCCUAGUUCUCCUUCCCCUUUUCGAGGCUCUCGGCGAACUUUUACCCGAACUGCAGGAUCUAAUAGUUCAACCGGUCAAGGAAGCUCUGGAGUACUAUCGUCGGCUGAACGAGGCAGCCAAGGACGAGCGUCACCAUCGGAAGAGUGUAGUGGAUGUUGGAGAGUCGGCUCCGGCUAACGCGCCGAUCGGCGGCACCGGCACGUCCGUGUUCAUUAAGUCCACGUCGUCACAUAGCAUGCGUUCGAAGAGAUCUGCCGGGACGAUCCACUCACGCUCGCGCUCCACUGAUGACGACAUCACGGAAAACCUGACGAUGGAGGAGGCGGACAACAUUGAGAGUUCCGAUCCGGAAACCGCUACGGAGGUGGAAAUCAGCGAGAAGACACUCAAGUUUAAGAUCUCUACGGAAGGCACGCUGGCCGGGCCGACCUCUGGCCGGAAGAGUUACCCCGGCAGCCGGAAGGGCAGCCGAGAAAAGUCCUCGUUGGAUUAUCACAAUCAUGACCUGGCCAAGGCCGUGCGGGAUCACGAGCGCGAGAGGAGACGCAGCAAAGGCGAGAACCUUGGCAGCGACCUGAGUUCGCCGGUGAGCGCGAGGUCCGCCGAGGGCAUGCGGAUCCUUGAGGAGAUGAAGAGGGACGAGGCGCCUUUUUUAGACAUCAAGAUCGAGACCAGGCUACCCGAAGGAAAUGGCAACGUUGUCGCGGUGGAGACCCGUCCGCAGCAGCCGAAGAACAACCUCAGGAAGACCAGUUGCGUGAUCGAGAACGAUCAGGAGAGCAGACCGAGCCGCAGGGACACGCACAGCAGUCGAGAGUCGAUCGGUGUGCGAUGCUGCUGCGAAGACAAGACCGGGCCGAACAAUCACAAGUCCCUGUUCUCGCGGUUGAGGAAUAUCACCGACCGCCUGAGCAUCAGCUUCGAUUCGAAGGACUCGCAUAGCCCGAAACCGAAGCACGCAUCGAAGAUGCUCAGCAAGAGUAACUCGGUGAGCAGCGGUUCGGCCACGACUACCACGUCGAGGCACAACAACUCUUUGUUCAUCUGCAAGCGUUGCAAUCUCGUCAAGCCCCUUAAGGACGGCGGUAAAGCGAUUGCGACUGUAGUGGAGCUGUCAUCAGUGGACAAACGAGCAAUGACCCUGCCGAAGGUUCGCAAAUCCACCGACCACUGUAAGAACAAGAGCUGGAGGACGGUUUUCGCCAAGGAGAAGAGAUCAUCUACUUCUCUGGAAGCACUGCCGGCGGCUGCUGACGGCUCUACGUCCAAACACCGCAGAAACCUGUCGAAUCCCGAAGGCAAAUCGCAAAGUAUGAAGGAGGGGAAGAGCCGACACGCGCUGGAUAUCGAAUUCCGGGAGCUCAACGUGCGCCCGAAGAAGCAACAGCAGCCCGAGAUCAUCGUUAAUCCCGACGACAGCGUCUGCGACGAUGAGGAGGACCUCGGCAAGGUGGAGAUUAGGAGAAGCUCGGCCAGCAUGGAAGAUAUUUCCAAGAUGGCGAAGCAGGCGGAGGCUGCCGCUGUACUAGGCUCGCUGGAUGCCAGCAAGGGGGAGGAGCGCCCGCACACCGGUAGUCUGGACUCAAUGCUGUGCAAGGAGGUGUGCAAGUCACGAAAGAAGCACCCGACCGUGUACUCUUCACCCGCUACGUCGAAAAAAUCGUCGCCCGGUCUGUUUUCGCGUUUCAAGUCCGGUAUGAGUAUCGACAGCACUCGCAGCAACAGUAACAGCGACUCCCUGCACGACCAGGGCUCACAAAGCGGUUGGAUAUCUUCGUUGACGGCCAGCUUCCGACCGAAGAGGCACCCGAACGAGACGCCGUUGUCGCCGCAUCCGCCAAGGUCGCCCAGCAGGGAGGAAAUCAAGUGAUACGUUCUGGUGGUCGAGGAUCCCUCCGAAAAGAAGCUUGGCCUCCGUGGCUGGUGGCCCGAGAACUUGUUCUGCUGCAACAGCUAAGACUCGAGCGAAAGAAUUUACAAUUUCUACUAAAGAACCGAUUAACUCAGAAGUAUCCGUGAAAUCGCUAUCGUAUCGCAACGCGGGAAACUAAUAACACGAUUUUUCCGAGAAGAGGUCUCCAAUUUUCUAACGCAGAAGCAUUAAUUAAUCGGCGUCGUUUAAUAACGUGAGUCGAGGAUGCAUCCGAUCUAAAAAGUACGUUUCGCGAAGCAAGACGUGAGGAUGAUCGUAGAUCGCACGACAUUUUCGUAAACGAGAUCUGUUCCUGCGUGUAAUUAAAAGUAGUCAAUUCGAACGAGCACGCCAGCUCGAACAAGCCAAUUAUUCAGGAGGUAUUAGAUACGAUUUCCAAUUGAACUGAGUUCUUCUUGAUUGAAUUUUCUUGCGGGAGGAUCCUCAUACGACCAUGAUUUCCUAUUCGUCUACUUUUAAGUGUUUUACAUUAUGACGACCGAAAUCGUAAGAAUCGGGAUACGAUUAUCUGUGAGGGACACCUACGGCCUGUGGAAAACGAGAAUGUACGCUAUAUACAUAGACUAUUUUAUUUAUUGUCCAAUUAAAGAGUAGCCUAAUGAGCAUAUAUAUAUAUAUAUAUAUAAAAUCAUUAAUGUUGUUCGUUAUUAUACAUAUUAUAUAUAUAUAUACACGCAAGUGCAGAUGUACACAAAAAAUGUAAGGAUGUACAUGCAUCUCCAUCGAUAUAUAUAUAGAGAGAAAAUCUAUAGUGUAUACACGAGCGAGUGGAUAGUUAAAGAUAGAAGAGGAGGAUGAAGCAGAAGACAAACGAAUAGAUUUAUAAGCGUGACUCUGUCGUAUCGAUGUACGAUUCAGUUUCAAGAACCGUGUAACCGUUAAGGAUGCGAGGACGAGGUAAGAAAACAUUAUCUCAGACUAUUUUUAGAAUCUUCUGAGAAUAAUCCUGUUUUUGGAGAUAAUAUUUUCUCAGAAUUUUCUAGAAGUACCACAACUCCCGGAAAAUACGCGAUAAUUCUGAAAUAAUCCUGAGAAUCGCGGAAUAGUCUCAGAUUAUUUUCGUUUCCGGAUACUAUUUCUCGUUAUAUAGAACUAGAAUCCGCCGCGACGAAAGCAGAAACGGGAGAUCUGUCGGAAUAGUUGUGCUUCAUUGCUGCACCGUUCGUCGAGGCAAAUACGCGGUAGAAAGUUUCAUUGGUCCAUCGAUGGCUCGGACAACGCUGGGAUCCGUUACCUAGUCCCGCUGCUAAAGGCAAUUUAAUGCAAUUUUGCUUGAGGAGUCACAUUGUAUAAUACUUUUUGAAUUACUUAGAAAAUACAAAAGAGUAAAGCAAAAUUUUUUCGGAAUUUUUUAAAGCAAUCAGCGAAAUGUUUUCUAAACGUUCCCAGCGUUCCUCCGAAUGUCGCGAGAAGGAAUAAUAAUGUGGAAAAACAAUAACGAAAUGUAACCUGAUAAUUCGCUUCUCAACUGGAUUAUAACUAUCUUAUCUGCGAAUAUAUAUCACAGGAAAAAUUCAGAUGUGUCAUUCCAAAUUCUCGGUAUACUUGCACAACACACGCGCAAACGCGAUCACUUCCUUACGACGCGACGUCCCGCUUUUCACUUUUAGGUGUUUAUAUUUUUAUACUCCAUUAGAUGCGUUUGUAUGGCGAUUAAAAACCGCAUGUAUUGUUGAACUCUAGUCUUAUGUUAUCGUCUUCGGACCCAAAAGUAGGUUUCGGGCGAAUUCCUUUCUUUGUGGCGCGUAUUCAUAAGGAAAAGAAACCUCGAUGUGCGCGCGAGUGAGCGAGCGAACGAGCGAACGAACGAACGAUUCUGUGUCAAUUAUUUGACUGAUUAUUUGACCAACGAUUAUUUUUAUCUAUCUUUUCUCUCUCUCUUUCUCACACUCUCUCUCUCUCUCUUUCUUCUCUCUUUAUCUUUUCCCUUAUAGAAUCAAGAUUCGUCGAUUAAACCAAAUGAAACUAAAUGUAUAAUGAUUCGAAUGAAAAGUCAAGUUUACGUGCGUGAAAUCACAAAACAGAUAAUUUUAACAAAUAUAUAUAUAUAUAAAGAAUAAAGAUUGCGAAUUUAAUUUAAAGCUCAGCUUUUUAUUCGGUACCAAGUCUUGCUACUAGAACGCGAGAAAACCGGAAGGUGGACAAUUACGUCAAACGCUAAAACCCUUUUGCAAUUUUUCCUUUUAAAAAAAGCCAAGAGUUUUCCUAGAUGGGGAAUAGGGUGUUGUCAGGAGACAAAAGGAAUAUAUAUUAAGGAUUAUUAAGGAGAACGAAAGAAAAAAAAAGAAUAAAACGAAUAAGAAACGAGCAGGAAAGUGUGUGUUCGGGAAGGCGUAGUGCCGGUCUAUGUAGCGGCAUACAUUAAUGAUAUAUUAUCAAAUCCUCCGCGAUGUGAGAUGAAAGAGGGCAUUUGAUUUUGAUCAUCGAAUCGGGAGUACCGAAUAAUCACGAGAGCGAGCUGGGUUUCGCUCUGAUAUCUGGGGAUUCUAAUCUUAAUAAGACUUUGUACAAUGUAUCUCCGCAUGUAGAUUCGCGGGAAUCACGAAAUGGAUAACACACUAUCCGUUUCAUAUCAUUAUUGGGGUUUUCCACACUUUCUCGACACACGUCUUAUAAGGAAUACCAGAUAUGCACUGCGAGCCGCGUCCGAUAAUAUUGUUUUAACGAAAAACUGAGAGGUCAAGCUUAAUUGCACGGGCUAAAUGCAAACGAAAUCAAAAUUGAGCGUUUAUCAAAGGACUCUCGCGCGAUACGACCAAAGAUAUUCUCACGUUUUUAUUUUACUCUCUAGAGAAAAUCAAAUGCACUUUUUCCCUUGGUAUCGCUCACUCUUUGUGCCUGAUUGUCACUGAUGUUCAAACGAAAAGGAACACAAUGGGCCAAUCGAGCCGUAGCGUACGGCGUCGUUUAUUCGUCAAUUGAAUCUUUAAUCCUGCUAGGAUUUUUCUCAUACUCUAAUUACUGUCCGCGUCAAUUAUAAAAUUGAUAAAACACAUUCAGACCCGUUCACGUAAUUCAUUGCCUCUAUUAUCAAGUCAGCAUCGGGGAAAAAAAAUUGUGUAUCGUUUGCUUGGUUUUAUUUAUUGUCUCUUUUACCGAAACAAUUACUACGUAUACGAGAAUUAUACUCAACUGAAGUUACCAGAUAAUUAAAAUUUAUUUUCGGAAUCAGUAUUUGCGAGAAAAGUAAACCUGCUUUGCUUCCAAAGAAAUAUUUGAUUGAAUUAAAUCUGGUUUGUUACUUUAUUAUUAAAUAUACUUUCACGUUAGAUUAUUGAACAAAAAAAUAAAUGAUUUCAUUUGAUAAAUCUUGAUUAAACAUAUGCUAGAUGUGGACGUAUAUAUAAUAUAAUGGUGCUAGAAUAUAAUUCAAGAAUAAUCCAUACUAAUAGCGUCUUGAGUUUUUCCGUAAUCUUUUUGGUUGAACAACGCUGAGCGUUAGUUAAUUAUUAAACAGAUAUUCUCGCAAAAUGCUAUUGCGAUAAUGGCAUAUGAAUUGUUCAUGAAUGUGGCAAUUAAGGUAAAUUUUAAUGUAUACUUUUCAGUACGAGUUACAAAUUACUGAAAUAUAACAUUAAUACGAUUAAUGCCAUUUUUUAAAUGGAUUAUCUCUAUAUUGUAGCAGACAGUUUUGAAUUAUAAUGCGUAAUAAUCUUUCAAUGUGCGUUCUCCGUGAGCUCACACAAAUCAAACCAUAUGAACAAAUUCCGUGUUUAUAAAAAUUUCGCUCUCCGUCUCUCGCCGUCCCUUUCUCACAAAAUCGUUAAAGUAAGAGUCGCUGAUCGCUAAGAGGAAAGAAAAGGAUAUCAGAUCGUUGCACUGAUCAUCGUUAGGUGAAUAUUAAUUAAUUGAAAUUUCUGCGUACGCGUAAUUUGACUGUUCACGCGAGAACCUCUUGUAUAUACAUACAUACAUACAUAUACAUAUAAAUGAACACAGAAAAAAGUAAUUAUAUAAAUAAAUAAAUAAAUAUAUAUAUAUACCUGAUAUUCAAGAUGCUAUAAGAACAAGAACAAAAGGUACAGUUAAUGCUCGCGGGCGAGUUAUACUAACGCGAUAUUAUAAUAUUAUUAUAACAAUAUUACGACAUUGUGUGGACGAAGUGUGUAUAGUUAUGUGUGUAAAGUAUCCAUGGAAAUCCUACACGCAUUGCGGGAGAUGUAUUGAUUUGUUGCUGUUCAGUGAUGGCGGCAUAUUUAUCCUUCUAGUGAUCGCAUUUAGCACUGAUUAUAUUUCUUUCGUAAUUACUGCGUGAAAUAUUCCGAGAGAAAAACAUUUCGAAUCUAAUCAGACUGAAAAAAAUAUUUACAUUGCGGUCAGAGUAACGCGAUUUGAUUUUAUUUUCACGCUAUAUUAUUUUAUAAAAGAUAACCGAUAUUGUUCGAAUAUUUGGAAAAAGCGGCGAAGGAGAUAUUAAAACUUUGAUAAUUGAUAUCUGUAUUAUUGCAAUAUAGUGAGUCGGUCAAAAAAUUCGAUUCGAUUUUUGCGUCAAAUUUUACUUUAUUGCAUUUGGUAGAAAUAAAUUCAUAAAUAUUCAUCAAUCAAUAUCAAUAUUCAUCAUCGUUGUCUAUGAUUAGAUAUUAUUGUCUAUGAUAUAGACAUUACCAACAUUAUUGCUUAUAUUAUGUGUAUUACGGCGUUUUGAUAUUAAAAAUCGAACCGAACUUUUUGGCUAACUCAAUAUUAAUUCGAUGCAUAUCAUUCUGAUUGCAAACAUACAUAUAUUCUUGAAAACGACAAAAUGUGGACCAUAUAUAUAAUAAAAUUCUCUCCUAGGAACUCAUAUAACAUAAAAGCUUGCCGGAACGUUGUUGUAAAGUUGCUGUGCUGUAUGGGAAAUAAAAUAUUAAAGUAUCUAAAUUUCAAGAAUAAGUCAUUAAAAUUGUUCGUAUACAAUCAUCAACGAUGUACAAGCGCAAAGUUUGUUUUUGCGACUCUACGAAUUAAAAUAAUCGCGAUCAUAAUGCAAAGCCCGCCGUCACUGAACACGAAGUACGCGUGAAACAGUAUAUAUGGGAUAUACUAUCGAUAUAUGGUAUUUAUCAUUCCAUUUGAUUCCAAGGUGUGUUGUAGUUAUACAUUAUAGAAGCAUAAUUUUAAGUGAUUCACGUGAUCGAUCGUCCGGCGAGCGAAUCGCCCGCUCGUCAAUCGACCGUGAGUCUUUUUGUAAAUGAGAGAGUAAGCGAAUGAAAAUAAAUAUAUAUACAUAUACCUGUGUAUAUGUGUAUAUGUAUAUACAUUG